AUGACCCCCCUCGCCAGCCUCAAAGCAAUCCCGGCGCAGGACACAGUACCAGGGGUCAUCACCCGCGAAGCUCGACGGGCCUACCUCGCUCCCGUAUUCCUCAAAUCUCAAAAGAUCGUCGCCGGUGACUGGCUAUUAUUCAAAUCUGACAAUGGCUCUACCGUCGCUCAGGCGUGGCCCAAACCCGGGAUUAGCGAGGACUCUGUCGGAUUUUGCCCGGUGCAGAUGGACAAUCUCGCAGGACCCAAGGUGGAAGCCUACCGAUUCAAAGCUGGACAGAGUCAGGGGAGGAUAGUGUCUGUCACUGUCAAGGAGAUUCCCAUUGUGGAUGCCCCAUCAUCCUCCAAGGGAAAGACUACGCCUGUCGACCUGAACAGUCCGAGAGAGCAAGUCUGGUGUAAGGCAGCGGUGAAAGAAGCCCUUACAUCAAUCUACUAUGUCCGCUCGGGCUACUCUGUCAUCGUUGGUGACGCCGAAAAAGUGCCUCGCAAGUUCCAAAUCACCUCUGUCGAAAUCUCUGCCAAAGAUAUCGAAAAGCGCAAAGCAGCUUCCCUCGAAGACGCCCUUUUGGACCUCAAAAUUGGUGGAGAAGAAGUGCAGGUGUGUGAGAUGCAUUGGAAGACGGCGAUCAUAUUGGAUGGGGAAGAAAAGGCAGGGCAGGGAGUUGUGAAGGGAGAGAAGGACGGCAAGAUCACUACCAAAGGCUCUUCAAAGCAGUUCUCAGACUCUGUACCAUCCUAUAUCAACCUCUUCACCCCCUCCCAGUCCCCCGACUCUGCAUACACAUUCCUAGGCGGUCUUCAAUCCCAGAUCGACCAGAUCAAGACCCUGCUCGACCUCCCCAUGCUCCAUCCCGAACUCUACAUUAAAUUCGGCCUCAACCCCCCGCGCGGUAUCUUGCUCCACGGCCCACCUGGUACUGGUAAAACCGCUCUCGCCCGCGCUGUCGCUUCGUCCGCAGGAUGUUCAUGUAUCGUCGUGAACGGUCCCGAACUCACUUCAGCGUACCACGGCGAAACCGAAGAACGUCUCCGCGGUGUAUUCACCGAAGCGAGAAAGAGGAGUCCUUGUAUCGUCGUCCUGGACGAGGUGGAUGCGCUCUGUCCGAGGAGAGAUGGCGGGGAUGGAGGUGAAGUGGAGAGGAGGGUGGUGGCUACGUUGUUGACGUUGAUGGACGGGAUGAGCCACGAGAGCUUGGCUGGGGAGAGGGUGUUUGUGGUGGCUGCUACAAAUAGGCCGAAUAGUAUUGAUCCUGCUCUCCGACGUCCUGGCCGAUUCGAUCGGGAAAUCGAGAUCGGCGUGCCGGAUGCGAAUGGCCGACGCGAGAUCCUCAAUAUCAUGCUCUCCAAAAUCCCCCACUCCCUCACCGAACCCGAACUCGCCUCCCUAGCUUCCCGCACCCACGGCUACGUCGGCGCCGACCUCUUCUCCCUCGUCCGCGAAUCCGCCUCCUCCGCCAUCGCCCGCUACUCUUCCACCCCUCUCCCAUCCCGCUCCGCCGACCCCCUGCUCACCAACACAGACAUCCUCACCACUCUACCUUCCAUCCGCCCUUCCGCUAUGCGGGAAGUGUUUAUAGAGACACCGUCGGUCAAGUGGGAUGAUAUCGGCGGACAGGGGGAGGUGAAGCAAAAGCUGAAAGAGUGUAUCGAGUGGCCGUUGACGCAUAGAGAGACGUUUAUGAGGCUGGGGGUGGAAGCGCCGAGGGGUGUUUUGCUGUAUGGCCCGCCGGGGUGUAGUAAGACGAUGACGGCAAAGGCGCUGGCUACGGAGAGUGGUAUCAACUUUAUCGCUGUCAAGGGUCCUGAACUUUUGAACAAGUAUGUUGGUGAAUCUGAGAGAGCUGUGCGAGAGAUCUUCCGUAAAGCUCGGGCAGCCGCACCUUCAAUCGAUGAGAUUGACGCCCUCGGCUCUGCCCGCGGAGAAGACACCAACCACUCUGGCGUCCUCACCUCCCUCCUGAACGAAAUGGACGGCGUCGAAGAACUCUCCGGCGUCACCGUCGUCGCCGCCACCAACCGUCCCGACGUGCUCGACUCUGCCUUGAUGCGGCCCGGAAGACUGGACCGGAUCUUGUAUGUGGGUGCGCCCGAUAGAGAGACGAGGGAAGAUAUCUUUAGGAUCAGGUUGAGCAAAAUGGCGGUGGAGCCGGGGGUGGAUGUUGGGAAUCUUGCUAUGCUUACUGAGGGUUGUUCGGGUGCAGAGGUGGUUUCGAUCUGUCAAGAUGCUGCUCUGUCGGCUAUGAAUGAAGACCUCAACGCUCCCUUUGUCAAGGGCAUCCAUCUCACGCAGUCAGCCAUGACGGUCAGGAGAAGGAUCACCCCCGACAUGAUGAGGUUCUUUGAAGAAUGGAGAGACCAGUCUGGGGUCCGGAGUGCGUAG